CCACACUCCAAUGGCCACCUUCCAUGAUGCCAAACACAGUGUGGUAAGCAUGCACUUGGAUGAAGCUCGUAAGAGGCUGCUGACUGUGGGGCAAGAUCGACUCAUCAAAGUGUGGGAUGUGUCUGCCUUGUUGCAGUAAGCUGCCUCGUCAAAUCUACCCGAGUGCUGUACCAUACCUGUACAUACCCUGUAGUCAGCGUGUAAAUACAUAAUGAGUGCUGGGCAGGUUGCGCUGUGUGUAACUGUGUUUGUGCUGUUUGAAAUUGAUGGUAUUAUAAAAGUAUAAAUUUGUUACAACAUGUAAAGUAUUCUAUUGAAGUUAAGUUUCGGAAAGGUUUUGGGUUGGCCUUACAGAGAGAGAAAAUCAUGGAUUCGUGCCCAUUUGUGAAGAUGGGCAUUGAAGUAGCUGUAUAACUUACGUUAGUGUCAUUCAUCUUAAAUAAGACUGCUAGGCUUUGCAAAUAUAUUUACACAUUAUAUUAUGUCAAGCUUCUUUCAUUCCUCCCAUGCUAGUCUCCCUGGGUUACCUCAGGGGAUAUGCAAACCCCUUUUUUAUAUAAGGGGAAUAAAUUAAAAUUGUAUGUUACUGAAAUAUGUUGUAAAUCUGUUCAUUUAAGGAGGUUCUUAUCCUAAGAUCCCAUGUUUUUAGAUUUGUUUGCGGUGCCGAGUACACUGUUGUGGCAGAUAUUUUUUUUAAGUCUUCAAAGAUUUAAAAGUUCAGAUGUAAUAAAAAUAUUUUAAUGUAUAUGAUUGUUGUGCUUAAUAAAUAGUAAUAACAUGUUGAUGAAUGUGGUGCUGCCUUGAGCAGUGCGGAGAGGCUGCUACCAGUGUGUUCGCGCAGAGAACAAACUCUGCUCGGUGUUUUCUAACUGUACCUGCUUUCUAGGGUGAUAAAUAAUUGUGAGCAGAUGGAUGGAAUUGAGAGAUGAAAUAAUAAAUUUUGUUUUUGCAGACUUGUUUUCAUCUUCUAUCCUUGCAUUUAUUGUGAAAUUGGCAAGGAUGGUCAACUUGCAGAUUGCAAGGUCAUACAUCUUAGUAUCUUUGUUUCUUGUUAGUAGAUUUAUUUUUUGUUCAUGCUGACCGAGUUGAAGUUCAUUAAAAUAUAAAACAUAUUAAUGUAAAUAUUUAUAAUAGAAUUAGAAAUUAAAAUUUUCUUGGAUUCUUUCAUAUAAUAUUUAAUGUUAAUUAUUAACAUUGCUUUGUCAAUCCUGUUAUGGUUUUCCAUUUAAAACAAGGUAAAAAUCAUUCCUAGAGACAAGUUGACCAGCCCUGUCUAAUAUUUAUUUUUUCCAAAAAAAUUUAAAACUAAUUCUUUCAAUACAACACUGGAAGUUCUGAAACGGUAACUGUUUGUUAUAAUGAAUUAUGUGUUGUAUCGCUUCCCAUUAUCAUUUGAAACUGUUUGAGUAGAUAAUGAAGGGGAAUAUUAAGUGUCUGCCAAAAAGAUGAGAAUGUAAUGUGUGGUUUUUUGAAACUGAAUGGGAAAUUAAAAUAUUCAUGCAGUCUCUCACGAAUUUGUUUGCUUUAAAUAUCAGUGCUUAUCACACUGUUAGACUUGCUUGAAUUUGAAUCAGUUGCAAAUUUUAAGAUUGAUAAACAGCUGCCCUAUUUAAGAAACUAUCUGAGAGUUGGGCAAUAGUAUUGAGAAAAGAUCUUCAGAGCUUAUUCUAAUAAACAUGAUCAAGGUACUCUUGGAUUUGGGCAAACUACUGUUACCACUUUGAUAAAAUAAAAAAGCAUUUGUUGUGUGGACCUUUCAUGUUUAAAUUCAGCCAUUAAUAUUGUGUAUCAGUCCUAGCAACCAGUGCUGACAAAUAUAAUAUAAUGUUUGUACUUCUGAUAUUAACUUGUUCUAUCAAACUAUUGAAAAAGGAGAUAGGCAAAGGAUGUCUUGAAGCAGUCAACAGAAAAUGUAUGCAUUCUAUAUGAAAGCUUCAAAGACCCCAAAGCAAACACUGUCACUUUCAAACAGGUGACCCAAUUAAUUUACACUCGGAAAUGAGAACCCACGACUUAGCGAUUGUCUUUUUGUGAAUAUCUCCGAUUCACCAGACUACUGGGAGAGACACUAGGAAGUUAGGACAGAUAGUCCUUCAGAUAGGAAGUUUAUGUUCAGUGAAUCAGGCAUCUCACCCAAUCAUCUUCAAAUGCCCAUUAAAGCUAUGGUAAUUCGUCAGUUUGUUAUCUGUACGAGUAAUGGUUACUUAAACUCAUACAACACAUGCUUGCGUACACUUCUCGCCCGACUGUAGUUUGUACAUCUGACACGUGGAUAUACGAGUGGAGACCGUGGAACCAACACGAGAAAGGAACACUUCAUUUUUGCCAAUCAAGGGCUUGAAAUACCGAAAACGAUAGUCUUGAUAACGGUCAGUCUCUUUAGAAAACAUCGCCGAGUGCCAGAGCGUCAGUCGCGCGCGGCCAUGGGCGCCGGCGCGGGGCAGGCGUACGUCGCCGCGUCCACGCACAGCUGGCCGUCGAAGAUCUGGUCGGGCGGGCAGACGAGCGACG